GCCCCCACUCUGAACCGACCAUCGCUCUUCGAGGCAGCCUCUAGGGUGGGUGACGCGAGUCAGCAACUUCUCCAACUGGUCUCAACCAAUCAGCUGCAAUGUCAUCGACUUCGACAUCAGUUUCUCGAACCGAUUCCCGAAGAUGAAAACGAGAAUGAACAGGGCGAACAAGACUAUGAAGCAGAGACGGGCAAUUUCAUGGCGACUGCACACGCUCUCGACUGGCAGCUUCGGGACAACCUCCUGUCCGCCACAAAGGUACGCCCAUGA